AUGCUUCCCGCAGCCGGCGUUUACGAGUCUCGUAGUGAUCUCAUACCCCGCGCGGCCACAGCGUACCAACAUCCAUCCUGGGAAUGCGACGCAACCGAGUUCGCUUCGGAAGCAGUAGCAAGCCGGAAGGGUGCAAGUGGUGGCCGCAAGCACGCUUUUCCUCGCAUCCCCUCUCCUUAUUCUCCUUCGAUAUCGCCACAACUUACGGAGAGCGGUGGGUGUUCUGUAACACCGCCUCUCUCUGCCGUGUCAAGCCCAUCCAAACAGCAAUGCCAUGCAGGAACGCGCUCGGAAUGUACUCCGGUGGGUGAUACCGCAUCUAUUGCAACUUUCUCCCGCCAUAAUCGCGGGGAAGAAUGCUGGUCUGUGCGAAGCCUUGAAUUUCCAGAGAGCAGAGAAAGAAAAAACCAGAUGCCAGCGACACGGAGGUCUGUUCCGUUUUUUGAAGGGCCUGUGGCGUUAGUCGCAGUGCCAGAUCGCCGGAGUGAAAGGGGGUACACCGCCAGUAACACUGAAGAAAACACCACAAGAAAGAGCUGUACAACUGUAGCCACCGUUAUUGACGUGACCGGUCUUGGACCAUGUAGGCAGAACGUCAGAGGACAAUCCAACCCACUGACACAGCAGACUGAGACCACGCAGUUCAAUUUACACCGUAAACAGAGGAGCCAGAGUUUGUCUGGUGCUCCACAGUCGCGGUUGCAAAGGAACUGUUUCAUGGAGCCAGUACAAGAUGAAGGUGUGGGGGAGCGAUCACGGCGUCAGCAAUGGCCGGACCUGCAAUCCUACAACAACGCCCGCCAUCAGGCACACAAGAUAGCCCUGUUGACCAUUUUGGAGAGAUACGACGAGCAACUAACACGAGUCGAGGGGAAUUAA